CAUAUAGGCCAAUAAAACACCUCUUGAAGGCUAACCACUCCGAGGCCAAUAUCAAGAUACGAACCCCCCUGUUGACUCUCGCCACAGGUAGAUCGAUAACCGGCGAGGUUGUCUCCCUUUUGUCAAGUUGUUAUCAGACAGGUAUUCCAGAAUAAAGGUGUAUCAAUAAUCAGUCGGAGCGUAAACACAGCCUACAAAUAUGUCAACGGUGGAGCCCGCCAGCCCCUCCCAGGAGAAAGAGCUCAGUAAGGUGUCCCCUGAGAACCGCUGGGUGGAGAUUCAGAGGAAGACGUUCACUAACUGGAUAAAUGAACAGUUGAGUGUUAGUGGGCGGGUCAUACAGGACAUCGAGAAGGAUUUCUGUGAUGGAGUUACUUUGGUGGCGCUGGUUGAAUCACUACAGUUCAAGAAGAUCGGGAAGGUCAUCCCCAACCCCACGGGGCGGAUUCAAAUGAUCCAGAAUGUGGCCCUGGCCUGUAAAGCCAUCAUGGAAGACAAUGUCCGACUCGUUAACAUUGGAAAUGAGGACAUUGUCAAUGGGAAUGUGAAGCUGAUAUUGGGGUUGCUAUGGCAUCUUAUCGUCCGCUACCAGAUCUCAUCCCGGAAGACGAAGGUUCCGCCAAAGAAGCUCAUGAUAAACUGGUUCCGGUUAAUACUUCCGGAACUUGAAAUUUCAAACUUUACUUCCGAUUGGAGCACCGGAAUACCGCUACACGCACUCAUCGACCAUCUUCGUCCAGGUACAUCCCCAAACUGGCGAGAGCUCCACGCCAAAAAUGCUGUAGAAAACUGUAGAACUGCAAUACUUCUGGCUAAAGAGCACCUGAACAUUCCACGGGUUAUUAGUCCGGAAGACUUUGCAAGCGAGGCUCUGGACGAGUUGUCGGCCAUGACAUACCUCUCCUAUUUCGUGAGGUCAGAAUCGCCGGGGUAUUACGACACCUUAAACUGGGUUUGCAAGCAACUAAGGACUACCCAAAUCACAAAUCUUACGACGGACUGGAAUGAUGGAUACAACCUGUGUUCUAUUGUAUCAUCAAUGGGAGGGGUGAUCCCGAACUGGCCAAAUAUCGACAGAGAAGAUAAAAUGAAGAAUGUACAGAUGGCGAUUGAUGCCGGGAAGAGAAUGGGCGUGGACCCGAUCCUGAGUGCGUCCGAACUAUCAGACCCCUCCGUCGAUCAUCUGAGUGUCAUGACAUAUCUGAACCGGUUCCGGUACGCCACUCCGGUAAAAUCAGACAACGAGAAACUGAGCAUACAGGGAGACUUUGACAACCAUCUGACUGGAGUUCAGAUCCACUUUAAGCUAGUCAUGGAGGACAAAGACGUACAGAAGGAACUGACCAGUGUCCAGAUAAAAAGCGCCAAGGGCAACCAGCGCUGUGACGUCAGCUGGAAGGACAAGUACGCGGACUGUCGCUUCACCCCUGCGGAUCCGGGCUCUUACACGCUCAACGUUCUGUAUAAUGGUACUCCCUUAGUAGGUUGUCCUGUGACAUUCAGUGUCAAGGCCGAUCUCUCCAAGGUCAAACUUCGAACACAGUCCUCUUCGUGCAUGGUUGGAUCAUCAAAUGACAUUGAAGUUUUGUCAGAGUCUGAAAGCAAUGAAGUAUUAAUCGAAUAUUGCUCACCUAAUGAGGAGGUUAAAUCGCUGACGACACUGUAUGAAAAUGGCGUCUUUUCCGCCACUUUUAGACCAAAGUCAGUCGGUCUGUGGAUCGUCCAUGUGUUCUGUCAGGGGGAGGAGAUCUCCAGUAGUCCCAUUUCAUUUGACGUCUACGAUCCCCAGAAAGCAUGGUUAUCCGGGCCACAGAAAGGGAUUGUGGGAGAGGAAGUUGUCUUCACAGUGAACUACAGCGAAGCCGGGAUAGGUGAUAUCGAGGGUGCAGUGCGGAAUGUCGGAAAGGAAAUUGCCUGCGAGGUCAAUGAAACGGAAUACAAUGGAAUAAAAACUAUAGAGUUUGUUCCUCAAAACUCAGGAAUGUUCUUUGUGUACUGCAAGUUCAACAACACGGAAAUUACAGGGUCUCCCAAAAGUAUUGAUGUGGUAGAUCCGGGCCAAAUUGUUGUGACUGGUGAAGGUUUAACUCGAGGUUUGAGGGGGAAGGAGUGUACAUUCCAGGUUAACAUUGGAGAUCUGGGAGGAAACAUAAGUGUCACUGUUGAAAAUGAAGGUAAAGAAGUGGACACCUCGUGGCGUGAGGCAGGGUCCUCUACAUACAUUUUCUCGUAUGUACCUAGCAAUGCAGGGACCUUCAAGAUAAAUGUCAACUGGGAUGAAAGAGCAGUCCCAGGAAGUCCAUUCUACGCAAAAAUCACGGAUAGAUCACGCGUGACUCUGAUCACGGACCUCACGGAUCUGAUGGACGAGAACGAACACUUGGUCCUUGAUUGUGGAAAGGAAACACAACUUCUUUACGACAUAAGUGCCGCUGGUCCAGGAAGGAUGACAGCUACUGUUCUGUCUCCUCGGGGAAAGCUUAAAGUAGAGACACGAAAACCAAAAAAAGAGGAGAUGGAGAUUGCUUUCACAGCAGUUGAAGAAGGUGACCAUUACAUCCACGUGUAUUGGUCGGAUGUACCUCUGGAUUCUUCGCCCAUACUAGCGUAUUGCCCAGGGCCUCCACUUCCGGUUGAUCACACAAAAGUUGUCAUUGAGGGCAAGGGCAAAGAAAAGGCACGAGCAUUAGUUCCAGCGGAGUUUCUUAUCAAUGGAAGAUUUGCAGGACCUGGAACACCAAGAGUGCUGUUGAAGGGCGUUAAAAAGGAUGUACAUGUAAACAUUACACCUAUGAAGUAUGACCGAUACAAAUGUACAUACAGUGCCCCAAACCCUGGAGCCUAUGUAUUAUACGUUUAUUGGUCAGAACAACUUGUUCCUAAAUGUCCGUAUAAGAUCACAGCUUCCAACAAAGGGGCAAGUGGCAAGGUAAAAGUUACUGGUCAAGGUCUGAAGGGCGGUUAUGUAGGUCAAGAACUUCAUCUAGAUGUCGAUACAACUGAAGCUGGUUUCGGUGAAAUCAAGGUCAGCUGUCACGGAGAGCUCCGGGAGGCGAGAUGUGACGUGUUCGACCAACGUAAUGGUAUUUAUAAGGUGCACAUGUAUCCUAGGGAGGCGUGCAGACACCGACUCGAGAUCACGUAUGAUCACGAACACGUGCCAGGCAGUCCAUUUAAAAUCCCGGUAGGGGAGCCUCCCGACCCGAGGAAAGUCCGAGUCUAUGGCCCUGGAGUCCAGGACGGACUUAUCCAAACCUUCGAGAGUAAAUUUCUGGUGGAGACUUCCGGCGCAGGCGCUGGACAGUUAGCUGUGAGGAUAAGGGGGCCUCGAAGUGCGUUCAAGGUCAAUAUUCAAAGAGAGGAAGAGAAUGACAGGACUGUUCUGUGUUCAUACAGCCCAGAGGAGCCCGGGAAAUACGUCAUCAAUGUCAAGUGGUCGGGGCGCCACGUCAGAGGAAGUCCAUUCAAUGUACAGCUGUUCGAAUCCCAGGCAGAAUUGGACAAUUACCUUGGCAACAAAAAGGGGUUUUUCGUGGAGAAAACAAAAGCAAAUAUGCAAUGGCGAGCCGAAAUUUGAUUUUUGUUUAUUUUACUAUAUUUUUGCAUUUGAAAGUUGUUAAUAGUGAAUGUAUUGAUUUUGUGUUCUACAAGUUUAAUACUUUUAUUGUUUGGAAUUGUUUUGUUGUCAAAGAUGUCUGUUGUUUGUCAUUAAAUUUUUUAAAGUUAAAUAAAAAUCAAAAAAGAAAAUAA